AUGCCCAUGAAAAUUUUCAAGGCACCUUCUUUUCUUCCUUUGGUGAUUGUGGUGCUCUUGAGCUACAUGUCAUUUGGAAAUCUCCAAUGGUAUAUGGUUCUCUGGCAGCAAGACAUUCGAGAAUGUUCAAUUUGCCCAGACUUUAUCUACACGGCGGCUCAGAUUGUCGCUAGCAACAGCGUUAGCCAGCGUGAUCAGGGUAUUGCUGGUUCGCUCAUCAGAGCUCUAAAUUUAUACGGCUGCAGCCUGGGGAUUGGAUUCGGAUCUACUGUUGAGGCAUACGUCCACAUCAAAACGGGUGACGUUCUGUUUGGCUACCGAGCAUCUCUAUAUUUUGGCAUUGCACUUGUGGCUAUUGCAAUUUUAUUGGAUGCGCUUCUGGUGCGAGUAAAAAAGGACGAGCGCCAAGGAUGGGGUGUCACUGAAGAAUCUCACGACAUCUAA